AUGAUUCCUGGUAAAGAUGUAGCAACAUUUUUUAAUUUGAGGACUGGAAGAGUAGCUUGCUGCAGCCGGAAUCCAACUGGGGCGUUUCAUGCAGCCUCUGAAAAGAUUACCGGUGUUCAACUUCCGAUUCAGCCUCUGGAAACUCUUGUUUGUUAUUGGAGGAUAAAGGAAGGAUAUGAAGGGAAAUUGUCAAUUUGGGGCGAGUUUCCGACGUUUGCUAGCUUGGGUAGGGUUUGUUUGUAUGGAUCUCCGAGUUUGGAGUAUCCGGGUUUGAUUAAAGUGGCGGUUCAUAGCGGUAACCCGUGUGAUCCGGAUAAGAGACCGUGGGGUUCUGGUGUGAUGAUGGAUGAGAUGAAAGAGUGGAUUGAAGGGAGAUUUUGUGGGUUGGUUGAUUCAACCGAGCCUGUGAUGAAACAGUCUUGUAUGUAUUCAAUGACACCGGAUGAGGAUUUUGUGAUUGAUUUCUUGGGUGGUGAGUUUGGGAAGAAUGUGGUUUUGGGUGCAGGGUUUUCGGGUCACGGGUUUAAGAUGGCUCCGGUUAUUGGGAAGAUAUUGACUGAGCUUGCGGUGGAUGGGCAAACUAAUGAAGUUGAUUUGAAGCAUUUUAGGAUUGGAAGAUUCAAUGCGAGUUCCAAGCUUUAGGUAACUUUCUUGUCGUUGAAUUUUGUUAUUGAAAUUUAAGAUUAUGUUUUUGGUAGCGGAUUGCAAUUGGAGUCUGCAUAUGUAUUAUUGUAUUAAUGAAAAUUUGAAUGCUCUCUUGAAAUCAUGCUGGUAGUAACUCGCAAUUGAAUUAAAAGUUUUAGGGAUUAUGAAGAAUACAAUAAGUUCUCACAGGUAGCAUAGUUUUUAAGGAAUAUGUAACUGAAUUAUCUGUUGAAUUCCUUGCUAUUUGAGGUGUUUCUUGUUCCAAGCUGAUGAGGGCUUGUAUGAGUAUGGAAGUUUGAAAGUUUUUUCACGAA